UCAUUUAACUAUCUAUAAUUCUUUUAAUCCUACAAAAAACAUUUAUAAAUUACAGUUCAUCAAUGCAAAUCACUAAUGGAAAAGUCACUCAUGUUUACUAGCAGAUGCAGAAUUAAUAUAUCAUAGUGCAUAGGAAUUAUCAAUUUAAAAAUAUAGUAGAACCUUCCCUUACAGACACAUCUCUAACAUGGACUCCCUCUAUUAUGAAGUUUCCAAUUUCCCUCAUGUAUAUAUUUGGCAUUACAAAAAACAUCUACACCUCUGCCAUGAAGAAAAUCGGAAGUUCAUCCCCUCCCCAGCUCCAGACUCCAGUAAAUUUUAAUCAUAUUAGAAAUUGAUUUCUGCCCUAACUGCCAAGAAUGGACAUAAAAAAUGUUCCCUUAGGAGGAGUCUGGAUUUUUCAGGAGUGACCCAUUCUCUGAAACCUAACUUUUAUAAAAUGUACACCUCUCAAAUACAGAUACUUCAUUCCUUUCUUUUGUGUCUGUAUAGGGGAGGUUUGACUGUAUAACAUUGGUUAAUACUUCGCAAAAUCAUCCAAAUUUAUGUGUUUUUAUGUUUUACUUUCAACCAUAAUUUGACACUACAUUUUUUUAAUGUCAACGUACUCGUCCCUUCUUCUGAAAAUAACACCAUCCCCCGGCAAAGGUGAUGGGAUGAACGGACUCAUCCACGCAAUGUACCACCGUGUCCCCAAAACAUCCUUAAUGUUCUCUAUCAAUCCCAAAUCGUACUCUUGUUUCCCCCGUUUUUGUUCGUAAGUGACUUGACCCUUGGAGAUCAACCUGACUUGAAGGUAGAGCAAGCCGGUGAAAAGAAGUAAAGAAAAUACAGAAACUCCUGCGAGGAACAGGACAUAGAACUGAUACCCGGAAGCAUACCCAAAAAUAAGCAUAAUGAACGGCAUGAACAUUGUAAAAAAGGUCGCCAUUUUAAAACCACCCGCUAUGCUGUGGACAUAUUCGAAGUGGUAAACAUUUGCAUAAACUGCACCGAUCCAUAAAUAAAUCACCAUCAUGAUAUAAAAUCGAUAGUUUUUAUACCCGAUGCACGUCCCGCCAAAGAUGCAGUGAUGGUCCCGUUUGAGGAUACAAGUAUCGCAAAUGUGACAAUGGAAGGAUCGAGGCGGCGAAUUGUGUUGGCAAAACGGACAGUAAAUCCAACCAGGUUUUAAAACCGAUGGCAAACUCGCACUGCCGCUUGUCGUGUCUGUCACCAUCAUGUAGUACAAGUUUGCAAAGACAUUUAUGGCGGCGAAAAAUCCACAAAACGUGUGCAUAUACCACCAGGUUGACAAAGGAGCAUGAUACAAUGGCAAAACUGUCAUCAGUUCAAAAUUUACCACCACAAUUAGCGUUACAAUCAUGAAUACGCACGCAGCACGAUCUCCAAAUCGCUUUGGGAAAAAAGUAUGCUUUGAAGCCAUCGUUUAAAACACAAAAACGGAAGAAAUAUUUAUAAAUUUCUGUUGUAACAGUUUGUUACAAAUUUCCACAAGCCAAACAAACCACGCCUAAGAGACCGAAGUACGGAUGGUCAGCGAAACAAUUUUGACUCGCAUUUCUCAAAAUAUAUUCCCCUGCCAAUAACUUUCGGUCUUUUAAAGUACAAAACGAGUGUUAUACAAUCUAAAAGAGACAAAUUUUACAACCAAACAAGGUUAUAUAAAAAAAUUAACAAAAAUUUGGUGUUUUUACAGUUUCAGAAUUUAUCGAUAUAUUACCCAAUACUUCAUAUUAGAGUCAACAACGUAUACUUUCCAAUAUGGCCGACAGCAAUGACCUCAAAAAACCGGUUGUACUCAUCUUAAAGUCAAAAAACAAGGACGAUAGUUAUGAACGACUAUUCAACGAACACGGAUACAAGCCUGUGUUUGUUCCUGUGUUAGCUUUUAAAUUCAUAAACCAGGCAGAUCUAAGAAAGCGGCUUGAAAAUCCAGAAAAUCAUAGCGGACUGGUAUUCACAAGUCAACGAGCAGUCGAGGCAGUCAACCUUUGCAUCAGGGAUAUGGCAUUUGAAGAAGAGUGGAGCUCAUCGUUAAAAGAGAAAUGGUCUCAGCUUCCCGUUUUUGUUACAGGCAAGGCGACAGGAAAGCAAGUCAGGGAAAAAUUACAAUUCUCGCCCAUUUUUGGUGAAGACUCGGGGAGUGCAGAGGCAUUAGCGGAAACAAUUUUGAACAAACGUCCGGCAGAUUUAAGCAAGGAAUUACUUUUUCCUUGCGCAAAUAUUAAGAAAGAAAUUUUGCCGAAUAUUUUGAAAGAAAAAGGGUACGGGAUUUGUUGUAUUACGGCAUAUUGCACACAACGCGAUCCACAGUUAGUUGAAUCUCUUCGGAAGCUUUUUGAAGAAAACAAAGCCAGGCUCUCUUCGCCAACUUCCGCUACACCUUCAGAAAUCAUCGGAGAGAUUUCGGCCGGUGAGACUUCAAACAAUCCCGUUGAGGUUUUGGAAACAUCUGGAGGCACAUCGGAAUUACUGGGACAAACGUCGGAGCUCCAAGGUCGAGAAGAAGUAUCGAAUGCGCUCGGACAGCUUGCAUGUAUUGUAUUCUUUAGUCCAUCUGGGGUUAAUUUUGCCCAUGAUGCUUUGCAGCAGACAAUAAGGUCAUUUGAAGAUAUCAAGCUUGUUGCUAUUGGUCAAUCUACAGCUCAAGAGUUACAUAAACACAGCCUAACCGUUGCUGGUGUUCCAGCGAAACCUGACCCACCAUCAUUGCUCAAAGUCAUCGACUCUAUCUUGGAGAAAGGUCUAAAGAUAUGAUAUAUGUAGUUGAUACAUAUUACAAAUACAUGAUCUUGUAAUAAUAUCAUCGAACAAUAUGAUCAAUAAAGAUGAUCAUGCAUAUGAUCAAGAACAUGAAUGUGCAAUGAUGUGAUCAGCUUUUAAAAAGUGAACAUUUCAAAGUUCAAUUAAUAUAUUGUAAAUUAGUAUUUACAUAAUGCAUACAAUGCCCUAAAUGAUCCUUUUAAAGGUGAUCUACAGUCCGUAUGUAAACAAAGCCUUUGUUUACAUUUUUGUGUCCAAAAUAUUGAGCUUUAUUCGACAACUAUUUAUAUUUUCAAGCUUCUAGAGUAUAAUAAAUGAUCAAGAAACAACAAUCAGGCUUUUCAAGAACUCAAAACAUAGUUAAACUGUUUGUAUCAUAAAAAGUGGGCUCAUUUGUGCACAUGCGCAGAUCGGACUGUAGAUCACCUUUAAAGGUUCGUUAUGCCAAAGAAUAUAAAAAAUAAACUAAAUAAAUGAAAUUUUUUACUGAUCUUAAUUACGACUUUAUGACGUUAAUGUAGAUGUUUAUAAAUUUCGCGUUUCCUUUCCAGAGAAUUUGAAUGUCACCUCAAAGCUUCUUUUAGUUGUGAAGCACACGCUCCAACCU